CAAUGUACUGUCUAGUCAGAAAUGAAAACUGACUCCCAACAUGAUUACAUCCACUUCUGAAAAAGAGAAUACCUCCUUAUCUUACUGGACAAUACUUUAAGAGAACAAAAUAUCCAUGUGAAUAACGUCUUCUGUAAUUGACACAGUAGAAGUUUGUUCUCACAGGAUCUAAGCCUGUUAAAUUUGGCCAGUCGGAUUUCGUUCUAACUAAAGGGGUAUGGAAUGGUAAAUUUGAGACUUUGCGAGACUACGAGAUUACGAUGAUUCGAGACCGAGACUUAAGCGUUUUUAUCAAUUCCGAGCGCGAGACUUUACUUCUAAAAAUUCCGAGCCCCGAGACUAUAAGCACCGAAAAUGUACAACGCCGAUGAAAGCUAGCGAAGCCCACCAAUAUACUGCUAUCUUUUGCUUUACUUUCUUACUUUAAUAGCUCAGUUCGAUAAACUAUUGCCUCAAACUCUUAAAAAUUGGACGACCUGAAGACCAAAAGGAAAGAAAAAACGACAAAAUUGAGACUCCGAGACCCGAGGGCAAAAAAAAGUAGGUCAGGGUUAAGUGUCAAUCAAGUAAAACUACCUUUGCUCUCUUAUAAAAUGGUGUGAUUAUUGCUAGAAGCACAACAUGAUGAUGAUUAUGUUCAAGUUUUCGCAUGAGUAACAGUUGGAAACCAUGCACUGUAAAUCAGAAAGAUCUGUUUUAGCCCUAAAAAUAGGGCCGUUUUGGUGAGUGAAAUACAUUCCUAUUUCCAAUCUGCUAGGGCUGAUUUGGUCCCAGGGCUGAAAUAGGCCCUACCGUGGGCUGGAAUAGCCUUUUGAUUGAGCUUUUUUGGCAUAAAUUGUGCUCAAAUGGCUCCAGGAAGGUCUGAAUCAGACUUUGGCCUGCAGGGCUGAAUUGACACUUUGGGGCUGAAACAGAUCUUUUUUAAUUUUCGGUGUGGACCUCUUAAGCACAAUCAAGAUGAGCUGUGAGAGUCUACCCCGACUACCGAAGACUACGGAAGAAGACCCCGUCAUACAGACACUCAAGAACACUAUUCUGUUAGGAUGGCCAGAUUUCAGAGAGGAGUUGACACCCCAUAAUGGUAUCCUCUUCAAGAAUCAGUGCGUCAUCAUUCCAAGAGUCCAUGAGACGCGAGCUUACUGCCAGAGCCCACUCAAGUCAUCAGGGAAUUGAAGCAUGUAUCCGGAGAGCCAAAGAUGUGGUGUUCUUGCCCCUUAAUGAGUAAAGACAUUCAGCCGGAAGCAGUAGAAAAAUGCAAAGUCAGUCUUUGUAGAGUUCCAAAACAACAACAGCAAAGAACCUAUGCAGUCACAUGAGCAGUAAAAGCACCUAUUAGAUACGGAUAUUACGAAUGAACUGAACAUUGAUUACCGUAUUUAUUCGAAUAAGCGCCCAACCUCGAAUUAGCGCCCACCUCGAGGGACGGGAAUAAGCGCCCAUCCUAAAGGCAGAACAAGUUAAUAAGAGCCCACCCGCAAGCCACCUCCCUCCACCUCAAACUCAAAUAAGCGUGGAUGCAGGUUGAGGGGCUCAUACUUUGUCAGCUUCAGGAAACGUGCGCCCCACCACGUCGCGAAACUCGUUCAGUGGAGGCCUUGAGGCCAGGGAUAGUCGGGUGGUUCCUGACGGAUAUGAAGAUGACCAAAUUCAUUGCCUGAAGGACGGUCAGCUUUGUCAUGCGGGAACAGAUCGCCUAACAUCCAUCCAGCAAGCUGUACCUGCUUCUCGCGCGACAAACCCAUUUGCCGACGUUACGAUGUCGGACAUCGAGGGGGCAGCACCGGACAAUUCACUUAUUGACUUGAGUGAUAAUGAGAUUGAAAUUGAAAUUGAAUAGCUACUAAUAAGAGUCGAGACUUACCCCGAAGACGGAGUUUUCUUCAGAGCAUUUUACAGAAACCCUGCUUUGUUACAUCUUCGCGUUCUGUUAUUACCAUUUAUUGUUUUGUUGCAAAAUAAACAUACUACACUAGCUGAAAAGCAGCACCCAGCCCCGAAAAAGCGCCCACCUCGAAUAAGCGCCCACUCUCAAAGUCCAAAAAUUUAAUAAGCACCCAGAUCGAAUAAAUACGGUAUUUGAAGAUACGGGUGUGACGAAUGAACUGAACAUUGAUUAUUUUUGUUUGUGUUGUAUUUCAUUUUAUGAUCUUUCUCAUUCAGAUACUAUUAGAGACUGAAUCGAGAUAUAGAUCAUGCUGGGGUUACUCCCUAUAAUGGCCUAUACGGGGAGGCUCCGCCCGACAGGGGUACCAUUUUCAGACUUCAGGUAUAUGAAAGGGUAGGGGUUUACUCGUUAAGUAUACGAGAGGGUAUGGAAUUCUGUCAUUUGGGUCUGUGAAAGAACCCAAAAGGGCUAACAGAUGAAUGUUAUGGCUUCAUAAAGCCAAGAAAACGUUCUAUUCAUUUGCGAUUGAUUCCUAUUUGAAUGACAGUGCAUUUACAGCGGUUAAAAGGGAUAAAGAAUUCUUAAGAAGGUAUGUGAAAGGGGUAACAUUUUUCAAUAGAAAGGUCAAAAUGGUGGCAAAACACCCUUUUUAGACCUUUUAAAAGCAAUCACACCACUCCUAUAAAUUGCCUAGACUUAGUGAGAGGAACAGCUGAGAAAAAGAAAUUAGUAAAACUACGAAUAAGUAACCACAAACUAAUGAUAGAAUUUAAUUGGUAGAUACAAUCAAACUACCAGAAAUAAUAUACCGGUAACCUGAGAUCAGGCCCAAUUUUAGCGGUUCUCGUACAUUCUCCGGCUAUUUCGCCUUGCCCUCCAGAAUGUUUAAUAUUUUCAAAACGAAACGAAAAUAGAGCCUGAUCUCAGGUUAGAAAUAAUAGGAAUUGCCCUUUUUGUGGACACAAUGAAAUAGAAGACGAAAUUCACUUCCUUUUUAAUUGUUCUAGACACUCCUUGAUUAACAAUAAUUUUUACAAUGAAGUUAAGAUUCAAAUAUUACUCAGUUACCUGUGAAAGUUUUCAUCAAUGAACUGAUGAACACAUCUAAUUACUAUAUUAAUUUUCAAUUCAUGAGAUAUAUUUCAGCUUGCUUUGACUUUCGUGACGAAUUAUUAACAAAGUAGUUUAACUGGCCAGUGAUUAAAUUUUAGUUCUUAUUCUUAAAACAUAAUUAUAAUUAGCUUUUGCAAUACUAUAUGUACUUGUAUGGUCCUGCAAGUAAAGCAUGUUGUUGUUGUUGUUCGCAAAAAUACGGUAUAUACUGAAAGGCUAAGGGGAUGGACCUCGGGGCGGAGCCUCCCCGUAUAAAAAUUUGUUGAGUACCCCCGAGGGUCAUAUAGAGACAUUAUCGUAUAUUUGAUUAGCCAACGUAGUCUUUUUUUCAAGAAAGGAGAUGUUACAUGUUGCGUGACAUGUUAAAGUAGGUCAAGCGUCCAUUAAGUAAAACUACCCUUGCUCUCUCAUAAAAUCGUGUGAUUCCUUCUGGAAGUACAAGACGGGGGGCUUAUAACCGGAGUAAAAAGUUGUUUCAAAGUAGGCUUUCAAUAUACCUUUUGAAUUUGAUCGCCUUCUCAAGCUUCAAAAAGUCGUAAAAAGUCGAAUUUAUUUCAAUACAAGCUAAAGGGGUGUUUAUAUUCGUGUCCGACUUUGGUCGAGAGGUGUUCCACUUCCACUCAGGCUAACAGGAAGAUGGGCCUAUAAAUUGGGGGGACGGGGGACGCUUAUAUUGGCGGGGGCUAAUAUAAUGGGAAGUUAACCUCUCUCCUCCGCAGGGGCCUCUUUGUGUUGUGGGGAGGCUGGGGAGAAGGAAAAAGAGAGCGCGCGGGGCACGAAGGGAAGGGGAAAGAGCGAAGAGAGGUUCCCGCCUUUUCCCUCUUCCCAUCGUGCCCCGCGCGCUUUCGUAGUUGCGUAGGGAACUGGAGCGAGUUUCAAAUUUAAACUAAUCGAUAAACUGACACCACCAUAUAAAAGGUCAUGUUGAGAUUGGUUUUUUGGACAAGUUUGGUGCUCUAAAGUUGAACAGGGAUCAACUUGAAGUUAUGACUCUUGAAACAAGGUUAAAGAUCCAUACAAACGUCUGUAAUUUUGUGAUAGCGUUCCGUUUAAAAUAUUUCUCAGUUUUUCUGUUAAACUGUGAAAUUCGUCAUGCAUCUACGACUUGGAAGGAACUUAUUCGAAAAUCACUAUGUCUCAGUUGGGGUGACCCUAGUCGGUGGAAUGGCGGACUGACGGAACGACGGAACGGAAUGGCGGAAUACACGGAAUAUUCUAAAAUACGGAAUAUAUGGAAUACACUAAAACACGGAAUUUACGGAAUUUUUUGUAUUUGAUUUGGACUGGACUGACAAAAAAAGCAGAGCAGAGGCAAAGAAUACACGGUUGUUUUUAAAAAUAUAAAAAACUCAAUUUUCGUACUGCCGUACGGAUAGACCUUUAAUAUGACUUUGGAAAGCCAUCUUGACGGGUGGGUCUUGAAUGGGAAUCUAAAGCCGGAUAAUUUUCAUAAAACGGCUGUUCUGAAAAAAAAAAAAAGAAUUGUAAACUUAAGCUUCACAGCAAAGGAUUGUACUAACAACUAAUGGUGGCCGCACCUGUGCCUAAAUUUGUCUGAUCGCAUGCUUAAGAUUUUCCAGACAUUUGUCUGCAAUUUUUCAUGGGAAAUUUUAGUCGGCAGGAAGACAAUUUUUUACACACAACACUGCAUAUUUUCACGCGGUUACCUACCCAUUAAGAUAGCCUCCAAAACCGUAAUGAUUCGAUUUAGCACCGUCCUUCCAAUAAGCGCCCCCUUUGAAUGCCAGUUUUGUUAAGAAGCGACCUCAUUGUGCUAAGCCCCCCUAUUCAAAGAUUAUAUUAGAGUGCGGGUACGCGUAUCAACCGAGGUUCAUCUUCCUUUACUCCCAAACGAACGGCAAUGCCACAUUACAAAAACAGUGGUCUUUUUUCCAUGUGAGUGCAUAAAUUCUUCAAACGAAUGAUCUCUUCUUCAAAUUUUGUGUUGAUUGCUCGGCUGGUCGUUCUGGCGAGGAAAGAUCCAGGGACAACAAAUCCGUUUUCCAGUCUCCUUAAUCCAGUCACCUUGACUAGCACUUGGUUCUCACUGCCGGCUUUUCAGUAAAGAAAGUAGAAUAUAAGGAAGGAAAUUAAAAGUUCCAUCGGAACAUGCCCAACGAGUUUGUUAUGAGCUUCAAGGUAAGUCCCUCACGUUAACUGAACAUUCACCGUCAGUAUUUGUGUUUUACUUGUCACGCGCUUAAAACUAAAUGAUCUGAAGAGAAAAAAAUUAGUAUUACUUCGAGUUAGCAUGAGGUUCGAGUCAGGAGCGAGGGUUCGAGUUAUGGGUGUCGACUGUAUACAUGUAUAUCCUUUUUAAAAGAUUUUUCUCUUAUUCUGGGUUUUAGAAUAUUCCGUAUAUCCCGUGUUUUGUUUUAGAAUAUUCAGUAUAUUCCGUGUUUUAGUAUACAGUCGAAUCUCCACUAACGGACACCUCUCGUAAGCGCGGACACUUCCCAUUAGCAGACACCAAACUGUGGUCCCGGCGAUUUCUCCUCUCAAACACUACAUUUUUCACCUCCCGUAAGCGGACACGGACACGUAUUUGGGGUCCGCAGGGUCUAAAAUAACCUCCCGUAAGCGGACAAUGAACAAUACACCAAGAAAAUUUUAAUGCUUUAAUCACACACUCACCUAGAUAAAAUCAGUGUUUGAACCUGAACAGUACAGUACAUAUGAAGGUAACGUUCCAAUAAGUUUUUUUUUCGUUAUAAUACAUCAAAGUUUUCCUUUUUUAAAGAGCCCACUGUGAAAUCUGUACGUAACACACGCCCUUCAAAUGACCGAGGAGCUUUCGGAGUUCGCCAACUACCAUGGUAACGAGGAACUCUCAAAUACUCUGUUCAAAGUGUCGGAUUUCUUAAGAGACCUUAAGAUCAGGGAACUGCUAGACUGCAAAACAGUCGGUUUUUUUCUCAAAAUCAGUAAAGAAAUCGGUAAAGCGUGGCGUGAGAGUCUUACGCGCGCGAAGCGCGCGAGCCUCACACGCCCAGUCUCGCUCUCUGUUUUCAGCCUCAUUCCAGACCUUUUGUUUGACUGCUCGCGCGUACUUGAAUACGCAAAAAUACGGGCUGUUUUGCAGUCUAGGGAACCGCAAAAGCAGACAUGGAUUGAUAGUUACUUUUUUACCAACAUAAGAAUAGUGCGUUUGAAAAUGACAAUCAUCUGAUGUGCAUAAAAUGCUGUAUGUACUUCUUCUGUUCUGUUCCUCUUUUCUGUUCACCUUGAUUGAGUAUGUAAAUGCUUACAUUUUUUAAGCAACAUCCAACAACCCUUUGAUGGAUAAUACAGUUACAAGUGGUCUUAAAGUUUUAAAAUACUUGUUCUGGUGCAUUAUAUGCCCUGUACUGCAUUUUUUUUCACCCUUCCGUAGGCGGACACUUCCCGUAAGCGGGGGUGUCCGCUUACGGAAGGUUCGACUGGUAUUCCAUAUAUUCCGUAUUUUAGAAUAUUCCGUGUAUUCCGCCAUUCCGUUCUGUCAGUCCGUCAGUGCGCCAUUCCUCCAAAUAUGGUCACGGUAGGUCACCCCUAUGUUUGCCCAUUUUCAGGAAUGUCACAGAAAUCGUGAAAAAAAUUAGGAGUUUAUAUGGUUUGUGGGGACGCUGUCACAAAAUUACAGACGUUUGUAUGGAUCUUUAACCAUGCUUCAAGAAUCAUAACUUGAUCCCUGUUCAACCUUAGAGAACCAAACUUGAGCAAACAACCGAUCUCAACAUAGCCUGCGAAAGCAUCCGUUUCUCCUUCGCUCUUCGCCGCUGAGGACGUUCGCGAGACCCCUGCGGCGAAGAGCGAAGGAGAAACAUGAUGCUUUCGCAGGCUAGAUAGGAUCAUGUGCGUUCGGAAGCUUGAUAAUAUAGUAUGAAGCGAUGCAUCAUGGGAUAUAUGAAAUUCCCCCCUUUGGCAACAACGACGGUAGCCUCCCACGCAGGCGUUUUUAGGGAAGCUCGUUUUUCAUCCCACCUUGUGCAUCCUUGGAGACCCAUGGGCAGAUAAAGGGGGCGAGGGAAAAUAUAUAUGGAACGAAGAAAAGUAAAGAACGGCAAGAAGAGCUCUUCUCGCCGUUCUUUACUUUUCUUCGUGCCACAUUUUCCCGCCCUUUUAGACUUUCCCUCGCCCCCACUAUCUGCCCCUGGGUCUCCGAGGAUGACCUUGUGGGGAGGGAUGAAAAACGAGCUCCCCUAAAAACGUCUGCGUGGGAGGCUACAACGACGGCGGCGGCAACGAGAACGGCAAAAAAGCAAUAAGUUUACAUUAGUAAAACAACAACUUUGCACGUGCAUCACGCUUUUUUGCACAUUUUUUAGCCUUCGUUGCAAGACUGCGACAUGAAACUUCCUAAUUUCACGUGCUCGCUUUACGGAGUAGCUGAACACAAGACGAAAAGUUUCUUUUCUUUUUCUAAUCUUAGGUACGAUCCCUUCGGAUUCAACCCCAGAAAAUUUCGCCAACAUUUGACAAACGAAAUUGAAUAAGAUCGGUGAAGUUUGAAACAGUGCGAAUAUACUUUUUAAGUGAUUUUUGGGUUUGUUGUCAUCCAAAAUUUUUUUUUGGCUACCAUGGCAACGUGAAGGUAGCGGCUUCUCCUCUCUAUGGUUAGCGACAGGCCUGGUAGCCUCCCACGCAGGCGUUUUUAGGGGAGCUCGUAUUUCUUCCCUCCCCACAAACGCCUGCUCAACGGAAAACAACAUUCCUUUCCCAAGCUUAGCCAAUCACAUUGUACUUUCCAAAUUCUGGAAAGUUGACCUUGACCGCAAGGUAAUCUGAUAAUUACUCGAUCUGCAUUAAACACUGGGAAAGCUUUCUGACCUGCAAUAAAUGUUAGAUUCAGAGAGGCAAAAAUAAGUUUUAGUCAAAAUUCAGAAUACUCCGUGCACUGCAUAACCUCAGCGAAGGAAAGAAAAGAAGGAAAACGGUAACUCUAAGGUCACGUUCAGUCGUGUUUAGCCUGUCAACACUUCAUUGCACAAUUGUUGAUUGGUCACCUACCACGCAAAUAAAACAAUGAGAAAGAAAUGUUGGGCGCUUUCCAUUUACGAAAAAAACCCGGAAAUUUCGGUGGUAGCAAAAGUGGAAUUUCCGAUUGGUAAAAAGUUGUUCCAUUUGGUCGUAAACCCCGGUACGUGGCCGGGUGCCCGACCGUGGACCUGGAACUGGUCCAAACUAUGAGAAACGUAAAUGGAACACGACAUUCCGUUCGGAAAUUCCAACCGGGAAAACGGGACCACCUUUUUAGAUUUUCCACUUUUUCUGGGAAUUUUCCGGUGGGACGAACCGACGAAACGUGUUCCAUUUACCGCCUAACCGGAAAUUCCGGAAAUUUUGACUAAAUGGAAAGCGCCCGUUGUUUUCCGUUGAGCAGGCGUUUGUGGGGAGGGAAGAAAUACGAGCUCCCCUAAAAACGCCUGCGUGGGAGGCUACAGGCCUGGUGGCCUGAGUGUGUGCAGCCACCUUCUCCCCCAGGAAAAUUUGCAGCCCAGUUAAAAUCAUGUAAAAUCGCCUUUUGGCGGUUCUUGUUUCAUACAGCAAUAGGCUAUAUCCUUAAAAUGGGGGCUGGGAUUGUAGGGGCGAAGAAAGCUUCUUACGAACCUUCUUUCAUUUUACCAAGCGCGUCAGAGAGAGUUGAGUCAAAGCACAUUAAUGUCUUGUUUGUUUGCGACGAGUGGAAUUCUAGUAAGGAAGGUUUGGCUACUUUCAACAGAGAAUUUGCCAUAAAGUUUGCUAAAGCCUCAAGCGAGGACUUUGCAGUUCACUGCUAUGUUUGUGAGGGCAGUGAAUCGGACAGAGAAGAUGCCAGAAAAAAUGGUGUGAAUUUAAAAACAGCAAAGAGUAUACCGGGGACAAGUGACCGUCUGGAAUGGCUGAGACUUCCUCCUUCGGAGCUUGAACAUCCUGAUGUUGUGAUCGGCCAUGGACGGAAGUUUGGCAUCCCUGCUUAUUCCAUUACACGAAUUACAAAGUGCAAAUGGAUACAGUUUGUGCAUGUAUUUUGCGAAGACCUUGGAAAGUACAAACAAACGGAAACAGAUGCAGUAGAAGAGAAUGAGAAGAAGCAUAAAGAGGAAAUCGAGCUCUGCAAAGAAUCAAACUCCGUUGUCGCUGUUGGCUCACGACUCCAGCAAAAGUACAGCAGAUGUCUCCCAGACAGGAAAGUUCACAUCAUCACCCCUGGGAUUUUGGAUAAAUUCGUCAGUCUUUCAGAUCAGAAACUUGCCAAUGUUUCGCAUAGUCCUGACGAGUUCAGUGUCUUUGUCUUUGGGAGAGGAUCUUAUGAAGAUCUGGCGCUCAAGGGUUAUGAUAUUAUUGCCAAUGCAGUAGGUUCUCUUGGAGAGAAGUUCAAGAUGACAUUUGUUGGUUCACCUGAAGGCCAACAUAAAAGUGUAAUGGACUGGUUUCUACAAAAUACAAACAUAACAAGGAGGCAGUUAACAGUUCGUGGUUACUGUAAUCAAGAUAGGGUGAAAGAAAUGUUCUACGCAGCAGACUUGGUUGCUAUGCCUUCUCGUACCGAAGGCUUUGGUCUGAUCGCCUUAGAGGCUAUUUCUGCCGGUGUUCCUGUUCUUGUUACCAGUGAAUCUGGAAUAGCUGAAGCUUUAAAGAAAGUUGACGGUGGAAAAUCUGUGAUCAUUGAAUCAGAAGAUCCCAAAGAGUGGUCCCAAAAAAUCAGAACUCUGUCCAAGAAAAAGCCGAAUGAAAGACUCAAAACGUCUAUUAAUCUCAGAGAAAGCUACAACAAGACAUUCCUUUGGGACACCCAGUGUGAGAAAUUCAAAAAGAUCAUUUUGAAGAUGAUGAGUGACAACUGCUGUGCUGAAAGUGUUGAAGGUCAGUGUAUUGCUGUUCUUGCCUAUCUCGCCCUAUGCACCUGAGUCAAUUAGAAAAGUGUAAAAUCCCUCUGGCCUGGAGGGGGGCACUCAAGGCUGCCAAGGCCUUUAAACCAGGGGUGGAUCUAGAGGGAGGUACACGGGGUGUGACCCUCCCUGAGAUGACCUGUGGCUUUUUAAUUAACACUGUACAGUCACUUUACAGUUAUACAAAAUCUGCUGUAUCAUUUGAUAUGUAUUCUCAGCAGUUCACAUAUUUAUGUCUAGUCAAAAGCCUUCUUCUUCGUAUUGCUUUUUAAAAUUUGUUUACGUUACCAAUUAUCAGUUGUGCCAUCCCUUAGUGGUGCACCCCUUCCUGAGAAAAAUCCAGGGUCCGCGGCCUGCAAACCCUCCCCAUGUUUUAGACAAAAUCUUUCUUUUUUCUACCUUGUUUAAGACAAGAGACCAGAGUUACUGAUUCAUUCCACAUACAGAAUUAUGUACAGCAGUUGAACCUCCAUCAAGCAGCAACCUGUUAUUAGUGGGCGCCCUCUAUGCGGUGGCUAGAAGUCAAAGUUCUAAAAUAAUAAGUACAAAAGAAUUUUAUGUAAAAUCUCUAUUGAGCGGUCACCUUCGUGAUCUGGAUGAGAGUUUUCGUAUUGUUGUCAUCUCCAUUAGUCACCCAACAAGCCCUUAGUUUGGUUUUGCUUUAAAAAUAUGAUCAUGAAGGAAAGUACAGUCUUAAAUAGAGGGUGGUGACUGACAUAUAUUGGACCACUAAAUGCCACUCCAAUUUUUUGUAUGUUUUUUUAUUUAAACAAAGUAUAGUUUCUUCUAAAAAGUACUUAUGCUGGUUAGUCUUUCUUGUGCAAGCAGCGAGACUCAUAAUCUGCAACCUGUUUUUCUUCGUAUUUAUGGCACAAAAGGGGGGUCUAUGUGCCAGGCAUUCCUAGUGGAGACCGUGGAAACUGGGAAUAAGAAUCAUUGCGUGACCAAAGCCACGCAUGUUUUGCAAACAAAGCUUAGGAAAGAUUAAUUUUAGAGCUUUUCUGAAACAUGUCGGUCCACGAAUUCUAUCAUUUGAUUUAGCAUUGAUUACCUUGGAACAAGUGAACAUGACUACUGAGUGGUCAGAAAAAAAUCAGGUGUUGUAAUUUUUCAUUGUAUGCAACUGGGUCUUGCAUGCGGUUUAUUUUAAGCGAUGAUUGAAAUGACGUGCCAUGUAAAUCACUUUUUUGAUCUCUGGUAAUGAUAUAAUUUCUCUGGAAUCAAGGCCCUUGAAUUUUCGUGCAUUUAUACACACGUAUAGCUGCGACCGCACACUUAUUUCAGGUCAUCACUAACACGCAUACAAAAUGAGUUCAGAAACAAAUAAAAAGUAAAUAUCAUGAAGAAUACUCGACGUUGCUAUAGUAGGAAGUAAAUAAAAAACCUUUAGCAAGUAAAUCCUGUUUUGUGUAGAAUUAAUCACCUCUUCAUUUCACGCUCUAAUCUCCAAGCAAGCGAGACUGAACGCCACUGUAAGAGUGUUCUUGUUUAUGGUAAACCCCUACAGAAAUGCCAGCUUCUAAGCAGCAACUUGCCAGUAGCUCAUGGGUGGUUGCUUAGUAGAGAUUCACCCAUUUAGUAAAACAUUGUUAAGUCAUGGAAUAAACUUUUUUUGGAGAAGAUUGUUGCAGCAGAAACGUAGACUACUUGUCGCCAAGGUUCACACUCCCAUAAAGGCUUCCAGUCUGAAAAGACUCAAGACUUUUAGUACUGAAAUUGUGUAUUGUGAACUCAAGUUCCUGAAAACCGAAUUUUCAUAUUCAGUGACACAUACCUUGUUUAGGCCAAAUAAGAGAGUGUCCCUGGGAAACCUCCCAGGCAUCUGAACUUUUUAAGGCAGACCUGAUAUUAAUACUAGGCUGAUUUAGCAACAGAAUGGGAAUGUCAGUUGAAAAUGGUACGUGCAAAUCAAACAACUGGCCUGACCAAUGGCAGAGCGGCAAAUUGGGCACCGAAAGUCACGUUUAGUCCUUUCUGCGUGCUUUCCUGUCGUCAACUGAGGUUUCCGUUCUGUUGCUAAAUCAGCCUACUUUGUUUUGAAUAAGGCAGUGAUAUUAUAUUUCUUGACUCUCUAUUUCUCACUAUUUCCACUGUUUUUGAAAAAAGCAGCUGACUUUAUAAGAUACCUCCAAUUGAAUUUAUUGUUUGAUAGAAGUUGUUUCUCACUUUACAUCUUAUCUGUAAUUAUGUUUGUCUCUGUUCAGUAAGAAUGAAUAACCUAGCUGGUAUUUUGGCAGCCACCUGGACUGACAAAAUCCUCAUUAUGUUGAUUGGCAAUUGAACUACAAAAAUUAGACUCUUUUUUUUUAAAUUGCUUCCAAAAAUACUGGAUAGCUUUUGAAUCCUUUUCGAACAAUUCAUUUACUUGCAAAAGCUGUAUCUUCACUUGUAAACUCCUCCAUCUCACUAUGAGAAAGAUUAUAUCUAUCGAACCAUGUUGUCAGACACUGGGUCAUGGAGAGAAUUAAUUUAAACUUGACACUUCCAGUUCAAAUUCCCCACCCAGGAGAGGGGAGUAGUGAAGUUUUGAAAUGAUCAGCCAGUAGGGGAGAGGAGAGUUUGUUUCUCCCUUAAUUUUUAAGAUUCAGUUCUCAGGCCUAAUAGUAUUUAGCUUAGGGCCUGCCCGUGAAGAACAGAAACGGUUGGAGAACAAAGAGUGUUCAUUUGAUUUUUCUCUGUUGACAUGAUUUAACUCACGUUUUAGUACAAAGCCAGUCAAAGUUGUAGCUUGCAUUCAUGCAAAUGUUUUUAUCAUAGUAUUUCCAAAUAAUUAGCACCCCCUUCAGAUAAACGCCCCCCUUUAGGCUGAAAAUUUCAAAUAAUAAGCCAGGGGCACCCAACAACAGUUGUCUGUAAAAUAUCUGUUUGGAGAAGUAAAAAUUGCCUAGAAUUUUCUAUGUCUUGAGGAAGGCUAAAAAUUUUAGUUGAUGGCCGUUCCAUUCAUGUACCAUUUUCAAAGCUUAUCUAAUAAAUUCCUUACGAUCUUUUGAAGUUUAAUUUUUCACAUUUCACUUCCCAGAUUAAGCUAUCUUUUGCAGAAAAAGCAAAAAUGUUUGGAAUCGAAAAUGCGAUAAUUUGAAAGAGGAAUCAGAAAAAAUUUCACUUUCGUAAAACUUUAAAUUGCAUCUAAAAUUUUGGCGAAAAUAUUACUGAAGCCCUGGUAAUUUGGAAAUGACUCAAGUUGCCCUAGGAUGACUGAACAGAUAUAAAUUUUAUAGCACCACUUAGAAUGUAUUUAUAGAUCCAAAAGUACUCUGGAUGGCCUAAAAAGUGUUUUCAAUGCAUUUAGGAGGAAACUGUUGUUGGGUGCCCCUGAUAUUAGCACCCCCUUUAAACAGCCCUUACUGAAUAUAAUGGUGUACAGUAUGUUCAUCUUCAAUGUCAAUAUAACAUAACAUGAGCAAUUAUUACCAGUGAAUGACCCAUUUGAUGACAUCACAUGGUUGGUCACAUCCUCGGAGACUAAGGGGCAGAUAGUGGGGGCGAGGGAAAGUCUAAACGGGGGGAAAAAUAUGGCGCGAAGAAAAGUAAAGAACGGCGAGAAGAGCUCUUCUCGCCGUUCUUUACUUUCCUUCACGCCAUAUUUUCCGCCCGUUUAGACUUUCCCUUGCCCCCACUAUCUGCCCCUGGGUCUCCGAGGAUGGGUUGGUCAUGAAGGAUGCAGCUCCUUUGCAGAACUUAGUCACAACAAAAUCUUCAAAGCCACACAGUACAGUCACAUUUGGUUAUACAGUGUAGAUUGUUCUACUUUUUUUAAUGUUACAGUUUCCCGCAAUUGUUCUUUCAUUUGAAACCUGAGACAAAUGUAAUCUUGCAGCUCAAAUUCUGAAGAAUAAAUAAGCAACCCCUUUUGGAACUACAGUUUCAGUUGAAAUUGUUGGGAGACUUUGUUGUCUCCUUGCCCUCCCAUUGUUGGUGUGCAAAAUUUGGUGAGUUACCUGCGAUAAACAACAUUGAAAGGACGAGGAGACGGGCCAGAAGCAAAAAAACAGGGUGAAAGUGUCCCAACUAUUUUUGUCUGAGAUUAAUUUUAUUGUAGCUCCCCCUUAUCUACUCAGAAAAAUUAAGACAGAAUCCACCAGGACAUUGAGUAAUUUUGAUUUUCAGUGGACAAAAAUCUUGUACCAGAAUAAUUUAAAGGAUAUUGCAUUCUUUUUUACAUUUUCAAGGGCUAAAGAUGUAUUAAAUCAUCUGUAGUAACACCAAAAAAAAUUUCUCAUGGGAGCCCGAGAAAAUAAAUGUCAAAUUUCACAAAAUGACAUCUUGCACGUGAAAUUUUCAGAAUUUUAGCUGUGUUUUCACAAUUCUUGUGAAAUUUGACAUUUAUUUUCUUGGGCCCCCAUAAGGAAUUUUCUUUGGUGCUAUUACAGACAACUAAUUACAUCUACACUGUAUAGCCCUCGAAAAAUGUAAAAGAGAUUGCAAUAUUUUUUAAAAUAUGGUGGUACAAGGUUUUUGUCCACUGAAAAUUAAAAUUACUCAAUUUCCUGAUGGAUUCCGUCUUAAGUUAUUUUGGGCAGUUAUUCAAAUAUUUCCCUCCCUCUAGUAUUGCUAAAUACUACAGUCAUUUUUCGUGGUAUAAGCAUAUUUUUCUAUUGUUUAUUCUUUUUUUUUCACUCCUUUCAACCUUUUUUUCUUUAAUCCUUGUCCUUCUCUUUUUUCUUCUCCUUUUCGCAUCUGGAAAUUUUUGUCUGCAUUAAUGAUUAUUUCUAUGUUUAUGUUAUUUUAUGGUGUAAGUUAAGUGAUUGUCUUAACAACACCUGAGUAUUUAUUUCUUAAUUUAAUCAUAUGUUUUUUAAAGGUAGUAGUCCUUUUUCUUAUAGGGCUCCAUAGGCUUCCUUGCCUCGUCAUCCAUUUAAAUAUUCUAUAAUGUUGUAAUAUACAUUAUAUAAUAACUUUAAAAAGGUGAUUUUACUCCUUCUGUAAAACGUUAUCUAACAAUAAGUGUUAGAUAGUUACAAGUAAACAGAAGAAAAUUAAUUAGUCAAGUAAAAUCACUCCAUAUGGGAAAACAGAAAUAAAUAUAAAAGCACUCUCAGUGUAGUUGUAAGAACUAAAAAGGGUAGUGUGUUGUGUAUAUAUAACGGCAUCUGAUAGUCUGCAUUCCAUUGCAAGGGUUUCUGUGUUCGCAUUUAAAGCACUCAGACACUUCUGGCAUGUGGCUGUUUUGUUGGACGGAGAGAAGAUUCCCCCAACUUUAUUUUAUUCUGAGACUAAUCUCAAGGCCAUCUAUGAAAACCAAAUGAAUCAUAGAAUGAACUUCAUUAUCUUCAUUUGAAGAAAAGUACUAUCCAAUGUAUUUCUCUCUAGCAUUCAAAUUAAUUUUUAAAAUUGCCAUCCUAGGGCAAAGUGUCGCGGCCACAUUUAUUGACAAGACUGUUCCAGCUGAUUUAGAAGACUGUGUUUCUAAAGCUGAAUGUAAAGAUAAGGAUGGUCAGGAGAUUCAUGCUGCUGCAAAAAGUGGAAACAUUGAGAUUAUAGAGUUACUGAUGUCUCAAGGAUUUGAGAUUGAUUCAAGGGACGAGGAAGGUACUACUCCACUUAUGUUUACAGCUCUUAAUGGCCAUGAAGGUGCUUUUCAGAUGUUGAUACAAAGCGGUGCUGAUCCAUCUUUGAAAGACAACGGAGGGUUCAGUCUGCUCCACUUUGCUGCACAAGGUGGAAACACAUCCAUUAUCAACAAGCUGUUAUCACUUGGUCUUGACGUUGAUUCAAGGAAUAAUGAUGGCUUCACUCCACUGAUGGCUGCAGCUGAUCAAGACAAACAAAAUGCUUUUGAGAUGCUGAUACAAAACGGUGCUGAUCCAUCUUCGAAAACCAACAAAGGGUCCAGUCUGCUCCACUUUGCUGCGCAAGGUGGAAACACAUCCAUUAUCAACAAGCUGUUAUCACUUGGUCUUGACGUUGAUUCAAGGAAUAAUGAUGGCUUCACUCCACUGAUGGCUGCAGCUGCUCAAGACAAACAAAAUGCUUUUGAGAUGCUGAUACAAAACGGUGCUGAUCCAUCUUCGAAAACCAACGAAGGGUCCAGUCUGCUCUACUUUGCUGCAUUAGGUGGAAACACAUCCAUUAUCAACAAGCUGUUAUCACUUGGUCUUGACGUUGAUUCAAGGGAUGAUGUUGGUGGCACUCCACUGAUGACUGCAGCUUCUAAUGACGAGCAAAAUGCUUUUGAGAUGCUGAUACAAAACGGUGCUGAUCCAUCUAUGAAAGACAACAAAGGGUCCAGUCUGCUCCACUUUGCUGCACAAGGUGAAAAUACAUGCAUUAUCAACAGGCUGUUAUCACUUGGUCUUGACAUUGAUUCAAGGAAUAAUGAUGGUGUUACUCCACUGAUGACUGCAGCUGAUCAAGACAAACAAAAUGCUUUUGAGAUGCUGAUAGAAAACGGUGCUGAUCCAUCUUUGAAAGACAACAGAGGGUUCAGUCUGCUCCACUUUGCUACGCAAGGUGGAAACACAUCCAUUAUCAACAAGCUGUUAUCACUUGGUCUUGACGUUGAUUCAAGGAAUAAUGAGGGCUUCACUCCACUGGUGGCUGCAGCUGCUCAAGACAAACAAAAUGCUUUUGAGAUGCUGAUACAAAACGGUGCUGAUCCAUCUAUGAAAGACAACAAAGGGUUCAGACUGCUCCACUUUGCUGCAUUAGGUGGAAACACAUCCAUUAUCAACAAGCUGUUAUCACUUGGUCUUGACGUUGAUUCAAGGAAUAAUGAUGGCUUCACUCCACUGGUGAUUGCAGCUUCUAAUGACAAACAAAAUGCUUUUGAGAUGCUGAUACAAAACGGUGCUGAUCCAUCUAUGAAAGACAACGAAGGGUUCAGUCUGCUCCACUUUGCUGCAGAAGGUGGAAACACAUCCAUUAUCAACAAGCUGUUAUCACUUGGUCUUGACGUUGAUUCAAGGAAUAAUGAGGGCUUCACUCCACUGGUGGCUGCAGCUGCUCAAGACAAACAAAAUGCUUUUGAGAUGCUGAUACAAAACGGUGCUGAUCCAUCUUUGAAAGACAACGAAGGACUCAGUCUGCUCCACUUUGCUGCGCAAGGUGGAAACACAUCCAUUAUCAACAAGCUGUUAUCACUUGGUCUUGACGUUGAUUUAAAAGACCUCUAUCGUAAAACGCCGCUGAUCAUUGCAAUAGAGAAAAACAAUUCUGAUGCUGUAAAGGUUUUACUAUCGAAGAGUGUUCAAAAAUCAGCGUAAAUGUGUAACGGUAAUAUUGAGGUAUCUGAGUUAUGUAUGUUUAUUAUUAUUUUUACGAGGAAAUUGGCAUACAAACAAAAAUUUAUUUUGCAACCAUGAAGUAACAGACCUGCCCCAAGCCAGUUUGGCAGCAACGUCUUCGAGCCUGCAAGCAUGCUUACUUGUGUGGCUCCCGUCGCCAGCAUUGUCUCCUGGUACGCGCAGAUACGCGCACAAGUUAACCUGUUCGCAGGCUAAAAUUUAUCCAAGAAAGCAAUGUCUUUGCCCGGGGGUUGGCCCGCACGGGGAAUGGGCCUAGCUUGAAUUGAGUGAUGAAUCAGAGUAUCGUGUAAGUUAAAAAGUAGUAAAUGAACUUGAGGCUUUUGUGUGGCCACUCCCAAUGCGGACGUAUGAAAACACUAUAGGAAAAGAUAUUUUAACGUACAAUUAAAUGCUUUGGAUGCUGUUAAAGCACUUCUACAAACGCAACUUUUAAAGCAAGCGUACUGUACGUACAUUAGCCUUUGAACAAACGCCCUCUCUCCCCGCUAUAGGCUGAUUUAGCAACAGAAUGGGAACGUCAGUUGACGACGGCGCGCGCAAAUUAAACAACUGGCUUGACCAAUGGCAGAGCGGCAAAUUUGGUACCGGAAGUCGUGUUUAGUCCUUCAGCGCGCUUUCCCGUCGUCAACUGACGUUCCCGUCCUGUUGCUAGAUCAGCCUAUUUUCUGAGGGGAGGGUGACGUCUAUACAUAGGCUAUACAUACAUUUAUGCAUUUUUGUUACUCCUCAGUGUACGUUUCUUAUUCUUUGUAUAGUUUUAAAAUCGCCAUUAGUUUGAAAGAUAUUAGCGUUAUUCAAAUUUUUGUUACAAUACCCUUACAAUAACAAAAUAUUAUAAUGGCUAUUGUUAAAGCAGUUCUACGAACGCACCUUUUAAACGGGAACGUGAACGUCAGUUGACGACGGCGCGCGCAAAUUAAACAACUGGCUUGAGCAGAGCGGCAAAUUUGAAACCGGAAGUCGUGUUUAGCCCUUUCCGCGCGUUUUCCCGUCGUCAACUGACGUUCCCGUCCUGUUGCUAAAUCAGCCGACUGUAAAAUUCCGAAAAUAAGCCCCUGCGUAUACAAGCCCCUCCAAAUAUAAGACCCCCAAACUCGUGACGCAAAACACCCUCCCUUUAAUUGCCCCUCCAAAUAUAAGCCCCCCGGGGGGGUUGUACUUUUGGAAAUUGCCCUCAAAUACAAAGUAAAACAAGGAAAAACGGUAAAUUUCCUUCCAACUAUAAGGCUAGCCCAACAUGAGCACCUCCGAAUAUAAACCCCUCAAAAAAUAAGCCCCUCAAAAUUGGCCUUUUAAAAAUAUCAGCCCCGGGGCUUAUUUUCGGAAUUUUACGGUAUUUUCUGAGGGGAGGGUGACGUCUAUACACUGGCUAUACAUACAUUUAUGCAUUUUUGUUACUCUUCAGUGUCCGUUUCUUAUUCUUUGUAUAGUUCUAAAAUCGCGAUUAGUUUGAAAGAUACUAGCGUUAUUCAAAUUUUUGUUACAAUACCCUUACCAUAACAAAAUAUUACAAUGGCUAUUUUUAAAGCGUAAUAAAUUGUUCUUUAAUUUUGAUUUUGGUUACUAAUGUAUGGCACAGGUUCCGCGUAGGUGGAGGUAAGUUUCCUAGAUUCCUAUACUAGAUGAGUUUUUCUGAUCCUAAUUUUCUCCUGCUUUUCGCUCUCAUUCAUUACGGAGGAUAUAGAGAAAAUGUAAUAAUGGUUACUGAACAGAUGCAAGAGGCCUCAUUCGCUCAAUUGCAUUUGUUCCCAAUGUAUUGUCUAGUCUGAAAUGAAAACUGCUUGCUGACAUGAUUACAUCCAGUUCUGAAAGUGAAUAAUCUUCCUAGACUAGACAAUACUUCAGGAGAACGAAAUAUCCAUGAGAAUAAUGUCUUUACUCAAGAGAACUUAAACGGUAGAAGUUUGUUGUAGCAGGACCUAAGCCUUUUUAAUUUACAAGAAAUGCACUCAAUGGCGAAGCAACCUUCAAAGGGGCCCCUUGGCCAACUAGUUUGAACUUAGGAGACUUUGCAAAUUUUCGCCAGAUUCACCAGUUUUGUCAAAAUCGCCACUCUUUUUACGUGGACUCCUUUUGCAAAAACAUGGGAAUAUUUGCCAAACUUUGGUGAUUUCUCGCCAAAUUUGCUAUUUGCGCCAAGUACUGUAUUUCUGGACAUAUCUCGUUCUAACUAAGAAUCCAGCGACUGAUACUCCAACAGUCCUAGGGAAUUUCAGCGAGUGUCUUCGGACCGUCUUCCAUUCGUUGACAGAGGCCGGAUUAAAGCAACAAAAAAAAUGGCUUCAUCAACUGAGUUGGGAAAAGGAAUUUACCAUCGUUUCAUUUUGCUACCCUGUUUAAGACAAGAGACCAGAGUUACUGAUUCAUUUUCUUUCACACACAGAAUUACUGCAGUUGAACUUUCAUCAAGCAGCUACCUGUUCAUAGGCGUACGGGCAAUUUUCGGCCAGGGGGAGCGGUAAACCAUUUGCCCAAAAAAUUCUUGCAAGUAGCCCAAAUUUUUACAAAACAGUCGAAAAGAAAUGAGGCCCAUACGAUGCAACAACAUAGGCCGUACUGGCAUAUGAGAGUGCCUCGAUACAGUUUUUCAGGGUCAAUACCUAACAAACAUUUGGAAAAACUGCCACCACAGUUGCAUUAGACAAAGAUGAAAAAUUGUCAUAAUCAGGGUUGCAAUGACAUCAGAGUUGUCAUAGCAACGAAAUGACGCCAUUACCUAUUACACUUGCUGCAUUAUUUCUCACUAUGAAAUCGUUCUUGGGAGCUUUUUCCUCCAAUAGUCGCCUCGAUGUUCGUAAAGUUAAAACGGAAUCUGUAAGAGGGUUAUCCGGAUAUUUUGGGAUAGAGUUUUUAUAGUUAGAAAUACAGUAAAAAAGGGAAAAUCUUGAUGUUUAGCCGUUAUCUGUAGAAAACGAAGCGCUUCUGACAUUCAAUUUCACCUCAUAGUAUAGCUUCAUCUUUUUAAAAAUGUGUGUGAAUUAUGUUAGAGAUAAUUCUGGUCAGUUGCUACAAAGAAGGAUUUCAUUAGUAUGUAUCAUGGCCCUCUUGUUAGCGGUUUUGUAAACAUUUCGGUCUACUUUAACAAAUUAGUGAAUAAUUUGAACCACUUGAUAUAUUUUUUUUAAAAAAAUACGAUUCUUCUCGUAAUUCAAAGUGAGAAUUAGUCAGCCACUUCUUCACUUUCAGAUCAAUCGCUGAUGCUAUCUGCCAUACACUGUUCUACGAGCGGAGAUGAUUCUAGAAAGUUAGGCGGAAGUUUAUUCUAAUCAAUUCACGAUUGGAAAUAGCCCAUUGCAGUACAGUGCCCAACGAUAAAAAAAAUCAGCAUAUGAUACCCUUCCCUUAUAAACAGAAACUCAUCACGUGCUUGGCAACCACUGUCUCGUGUGAAUGUAACUGGAUUAUUACGCCGACUUCAGGUUAAAAUAGAAAAUAUUUAUCUCUUCAAAAUACUAAUAAAAAAACAUGAAAACGUCCUUAAAAGCUGGCUUUGCCCAAAUUUUCUCUUGCUGCCCAAAAAAUCUGAGUUGCCCAAAAUUUGGGGGGGCUGCAGCCCCCCUCGCCCCCCCGGCCCGUACGCCUAUGUACCUGUUAUUAGUGGCCGGCACCCUCUAUUAAGCGGCCAGUAGUCAAAAGUUCUAAAAUAAUUGUACAAAAGAAUUUUACAUAAAACCUCUAUUAAGCGGUCACCUUUCCGCCAUCUAGAUGAGAGUUUUUAUAUCGUUGUCAUCUCUAUUAAGCAGCCAGCAAGCGCUUAGUUUGGCUUUGCUUUAAAAAUAUGAUGAAGGAAAAUACUGUCUUAAAAAGAAGGUUGUGACUGACAUGGGACUACUAAUGCCGCCCCCUUUUUUUGCAUGUUUUUCUUUUCAAAACAGAGUAUAGUUUCUUCUAAAGUACUUAUGCUAAAUUAUGCCGUUAAGCCUCUAGGGAGAGGCCAAGAGGUUCAACCAUAAGUAAACUAACAUCAUGGAAUAAUUUUGUUUUCGAAAAAGAUUGUUGUAGCCGAAAAGCAGACUAUUCGUCGCCAAGGUUCACACUCUUUUAGAGGCUUCCAGUGUAAAAAGACACAAGACUUUUAGUACUGAAAGUGUGCACCCUGAACUCUGAACUCAAGUUCCUGAAAACCUAAUUAUCAUGUUCAGUGGCACAUACCAGACGUGUUAAGGCCAAAUAAGAGAGUGCCCCUGGGAACUCCCCAGGCAUCUGAACUUUUUAAGAGCAAGCCUGAUCUUAAUACUUUGGUUUGAACAAGGCAGUGAUAUUAUAUUUAUGACAUCAGUUGAUACAACAAAAAUUUUGCAUCUGGGGUUCAGGGUCUCCGUUGAUACAAUGGACCGAUAGUGAAGUUUUAACGGAGCUGGGUCAGAACUUUUUGGUAUUGGCUUAACCAUAUCCAGGUGCCUUGCGAGUUUGUAUUGACUUGCUGAUUCAGUUUUUCCAACGUGGUCGUACAAAAAGGCUUCCUCAGUGCGCUGGUUUGAUUAUUAUGGAGUGGGUAGCCUGUGCACAGACGUAUCAUAGGAAAAGAGAGGAAAUAAAAGAUAUCUUCAUUACAGGUUUUACAAUCUAUGACUUGUGUCUGACCUGAAGGCAGAUGUAGCUGGUAGACAAUCCGGGAAUGUGGUUUUUCAGGGCUAUCACAGCGCGAAACGUAGCAAAAGUUCUAUCAAGUGCUCUUAAGGUGACUCGACCCAGUUUUUUUUAGGAGGUACCAUCCUACUUUGAAGCUCUCUGGUAUCCCCACCUUUACUUUUAUCGUAAGUAUAACACAGAGAAUGAAUAACAUAUAGAUCAAUCUACAAUAUAACAUAAAAUUUUUGGCGAUCGGAGUAAAUGUCACGUGGUUAUAAUGCCACGCCCCUUUGAGGUCUGAGUCCAAAAUCUGCUGUUGCCAGCAUUUUUUCGUGAAAAUCUCUCGGCUACACAUAGUGCGCAUUAGUGCCUUGCGCUGAACAGAGUUUCACCAAAAUCGCAAAGACCCAAUUCGAGAAAUUCAGCGGUUUCCAAAUUUAGGUCAUAAUUUAUGCGAAAAUGAUAAGCAAACUUUACACGGAUUAUAUCUAAUAAACUAUGAGAUUCAUCUCUGUAUUUUGGGCAUCGUUAUAACAGAUGGGUCCUUGCAAGUCAGCAAAACGCUUUAGGGCCUUGUAAACGCGCGCGAUUUCGAGCAAAGCAAACAUAUAGAAAUUAUAGUUUUCGCUAUUUGUUGACGUUUGUCGGCGUUUAAGAGUCAAUCUCACGAACAAAGCAUUUUCUUAAAAAUUCGUAGCUUUUUUCCUUCAAAUUUUUUCAGGGCCACUAUUGAUUAACUAACUACCCGGACUCUGAAUUUCAUGGUCAUUGAAAAACUGUGACAUUAUCUUCUAUAAGCUCAAACUUGAGUAAACAUUGAAGAUUUUUAGAGUUUUGGCUGAGUUUGUGCUUUGGGAGUUGUCUAUUGUUUCUAGUCUGUCAUUAUACAGCAUUCUUGUUCAGCACGCGUGCAAUGACCGCGCUCGGCUGACUUCCGAAUGCUCACCGAGAUAUUAUAAAUUUGGUACAGUGAGACAGGCCAUCGCGUGAUACGUAGAGGUUUAACUAACAAUUUUUAAUCAAUUCUCGUGCUUCUUGUGUCUUUGCAAAAAAAUCAAGAAGUGCUACACACUAAGUCUACUUACUAUUACAAAAAUAUCAUUUUUUCAUAGGUUUAAUGCAAGCCAAUAAUUAAACCAACUCGAGACGGGAAUAUCUCGGUGAGCAUUCGGAAGUCAGCCAAGCGCGGUCAUUGCACGCGUGCUGAACAAGAAUGCUGUAUAAUGACAGACUAGAAACAAUAGACAACUCCCAAAGCACAAGCUCAGCCAAAACGCUAAAAAUCGUCAAUGUUUACCCAAGUUUGAGCUUAUAGAAGAUAAUGUCACAGUUUUUCAACGACCAUGAAAUUCAGAGUCCGGGUAGUUAGUUAAUCAAUUGUGGCCCUGAAAAAAUUUGAAGGAAAAAAAACUACGAAUUUUUAAGAAAAUGCUUUUUUCGUGAGAAGGACUCUCAAACGCUGACAAACGUCAACAAAUAGCGAAAACUAUAAUUUCUAUAUGUUUGCUUUGCUCGAAAUCGCGCGCAUUUACAAGGCCCUAAAGCGUUUUGCUGACUUGCAAGGACCCAUCUGUUAUAACGAUGCCCAAAAUACAGAGAUGAAUCUCAUAGUUUAUUAGAUAUAAUCCGUGUAAAGUUUGCUUAUCAUUUUCGCAUAAAUUAUGACCUAAAUUUGGAAACCGCUGAAUUUCUCGAAUUGGGUCUUUGCGAUUUUGGUGAAACUCUGUUCAGCGCAAGGCACUAAUGCGCACUAUGUGUAGCCGAGAGAUUUUCACGAAAAAAUGCUGGCAACAGCAGAUUUUGGACUCAGACCUCAAAGAGGCGUGGCAUUAUAACCACGUGACAUUUACUCCGAUCGCCAAAAAUUUUAUGUUAUAUUGCAGAUUGAUCUAUAUGUUAUCCAUUCUAUGUGUUAGACUUACGAUAAAAGUAAAGGUGGGGAUACCAGAGAGCUUCAAAGUAGGAUGGUACCCCCCCAAAAAAACUGGGUCGAGUCACCUUAAAGAACAGCCUCGACUUUCUCAGACUGCGAGCAGUCUCUUAUUUUCUUUUUUAAAGCGUUUUCAGUGCCAAAUGCGCUCACUCCGUCUGCGAACUCGACGGAUCUUAAGAAAAAAGGCGAACUUCUCGCAGUCUACGACUUUCUCGACAGUAAUCGCGAUCCUUCCCCUAUAACGUUGAUGCCCACCCACAUUCAUCACAUGGUGUUUGAAUUCCAUUCAUGAUGCGAUUAACCCAUAUUUUUGUCCAAGGGAAAACACCGAGAGAAUAUAGAAAUGGCUUGAAGUUUACUCUAUUUGUUUUUUUUACGUAAUUUCUGAUAACCAGUCUUAUCGAAUUUCAAGGAAAGGUAGAACAUGGUCAGUUUCUCGCUCAUAUAUAUAUAGGUAUAUUAGGGUGUUGUUUGUUGAUAUCAUUGAAGAAAAGGAUUGCAUCCUGUUCAGAGUAGAAAAAGCAAAAUGCUUCAUCUACGAAGCGACGAUAGAAUAACAAAGAGAUUAAGAUUCACGUUUACGGCAAACGGCAGAUUCAAGUUGAGAAUUUCUCAGAAGAGAAUAUAGGCAGAUGAAAACUGUCCAGUACAAAUCUUAUGGAUAAAACUGGCGUGAAACUACUUACUUCUGUGUAGAAAUAAUAAACAGUAAACGACAAUUAAGGGGAAAACUUUGUCACGUGGUACACUCAUUUGCGGCAAACGUGAAUCUUAAUCUCUCUCUAAUACCUCUAAAUCCCCUUAUUGCUCCAGCGAUCUAUUCUCAAGGUUUCCCAUGAAGAGAUUGGCAAGAACAAGGACUAGGGUGGAGCCCAUGGUUACACCAUGCACCUGAUCGUAGAAAGUACCCUUAAACAGGAGUUGAGUUUCUUUAGUAGUAAAUGCAAAGAGUGUUGUUAGUUCAUUUUUGCUAAGUUUCACCCGUGGAUCAGUACCCACGGGUAAUAUAUCUGACGGCAAGGCUAAUAGAGUUCCACUUUGCCUAGACCCACACCCAACUAUGACCACCGUUUACCGGAAAAAACACUCACAGGUUCAACAGUCCUCUUAUUGAAUUAUCGUUAUACAUAUGCAGCUUUUUGUCAUUUUUUUUAUUUAUUCAUUUGUUCUAAGUACAGGAAUGUACAAAAAUUUCCAGAAAAUAUCAAUUUUAAUGUCUCCAAAACCUUGGUUAAAAAAACAAAUAAAUAAAACUGAAACACGCAGAUAACUAACAUGGUUCAUUAAAGGCAGUCAUAAAACUUUAUGAAACGCUUUUUAGAGUUUCCUUUGGAAACUUGCCAAUGAUUUAAAAAACGUAAUCAAUUAAUGUUCGUCGCGGCAUCUCCUUCAAAAGGAGAUGUUCCUAAAACUAGUCUUAUACUGCGAUGUUUGUUUCUGUACAAUAAAUAAUAUUUCAACUUUCUCAACUAGGGUUCUGGGGUAAAAUGUCUUAGCAUAACAAUGGAACUCCGAGAACAUAGCAUAACUAUGGAUCUCCAAUCUCUUUUCAACAUGUAACUUAUUUCUUUAGCUCCUGUUUCUGACAUCAUAACACGUGACAAACGACUUGAUGAGAUGAUUCAGACUUCCAAAUGAGGCUGAUUCAUGCCUUGUAGGAUGGUUUGGUGGGAUCGAAAAGCGAAUUUUUCUUUUCAAAGCUACACAAUAUUAACUCGAUCGUACCUGAUUCCUGGCAGUCUUAUGUUUAGGCCACAAGAAAAGAAAAAAAAGGACACAUGUGAGGCAUGUGAAAGGUCAACCUCGUUCCCAGGAUUUUCUCUCUUCCUCUCUCGAGGGAAAAAGAGAGAGAAUCCUGAGAACUAGGUUGGUGCAAGGUAACCUUUCGUGGCCAAGUUUGUCAAUGAAAAAAACUCAGUUGCUUUGCGAAUGUGUUUUGGAAUUAAAAGCGGUUUUAUACUUUAGUGCCGACCUGUACCUGAUUACUCAAACUAUAAGAGGAAAUCAUGACUGAAAUAGCAGAGACAGACGAGGACAGAUGUUUUUCCCUUUUCCUACCGCCGCCGCUUCUGUCCUGUCGUUUUGGUGAACAUCACAGCAUAACGCACUUGUACGGCUUCCUGGUUGUCAGUAUCGUUGCUAAUGACAUUUCUAUCCUAACUGUAUACGGUAACCUUACCAAAAUGCACCAUUUUCCAUUUUGAAUUUACUUCGUUUGGAAUGAAAGAUCGGCGCCUGACUAGUAACUGCGACCGGCCAAAAUUUGAAUUCGAUUGUACGGCUUCUGAAUCGGCCCUUACAGAAGAAUAUCAGCUAACAUAACUUACGUUUUUUGUCGUAACAGUUCCCUUCUUUUGAACAAAUAGAGUAUAACACCCACGAUAACAAUUAGACAAAAGCCAACCAGCGAAGCAGAGAGAAUGACUUCUUGAUUUCUAGAGAAGAACUUCUCGUUAGAUUCUGCUCUUUCUGAAAAAUAAAAAAUAAAAAUAAGGGAAAAAUGCUAAAUUGGAAGUUAAAAGUAAAUGAAAAGGGUGGUUCCAUAUUUUCAGUUCCCAUUUUGUAUUAAUCAGAACAGUAAAACAGCCAGAGAGAGAAAGAAAUCAUGGUAAAAAACCUACAAGAAAUUAUGCUCUUGCCAAUUAAAAUAAUACAAGAACAUAUCACGAUUGACUCGACUGAAACCCGAAUCUAUCUUUCCCUUUUUCAUACGUAGGACAUAUGUUUGAUUUUACUUGUUGAAAAUACUCAAAAAUUUUCAAAUUCGUUUGUUAUAUGUUCCAUUAUCUGAUGAUAGGGCUCGAGUUGAUAUUUUGCACCUGAUAUUACAAACGUCUUUAGUCUUAAAAUGAUUCUGUUGAAGUACCAAUAUGUGAUCCAGGGCUAAAACUGUUGGAAAGACCAUUUGUGUUUGUGUUUGAAGUUUUUGAAACAGGCGUUGAUCUGGACGCUGUCGCCGAUUUUUUCUCUGUGGCUGUGGGAUUAGUAUCUGAUCCCGAUGGUGUAGAGAAUGUCAUCAAUAUCGUGCUGGAUGCUGUUUUCGCCGCCGAGGUAGUCGGAGUUUCUGUAGUACUUGAUAAUGUAGACGAUGACGUGGCGGACUCUGAUGACGUAGAUGCUGUUGUAGCAAAUGUAGUUGCUUUGGUGCAGAUGAUGACGUAGUGGAUUCUGCAGUUGAUGACGUGACUGCUGUUUUUGGCAACUGUCGUUGUUUCUGUGGUAGUUGGUAGUGUAGAUGACGACGUAGUAGAUUAUGUACUUGAUGACGUAGGCACUGACGUAGUUGAUGUAGGUGCAUCUGUGAUACUUGGUGGUGAAGAUGAUGACGUGGUUGCCUUCGUAAGCACUGUUGUAGUGUAUGACGUAGACGGUGGUGUUGUUUCUGCUGUGGAAGUUGGUGGCGUGGUUGAUGCUACAGUUGAUGACAAUGUAGAACUCUUUAUGUUUCCUAUUUUCCAGUCAUCUGUCAAUUCCCAGCGUGAAAAACACGUUAGUGCUGUUUUUCGUUUGUUUAACUAAGAAAGUCAGAUGUUCAGUAACCAUACCUCAAGCUUGUCACUCUGACUAGUUAAAAUAAAACUUAACUAAAGAUAGUUCACAUGAAGUAUUGAACAGUGAUAUGGUGAACGGUGGUUCUCCCUGUUGAAUACUUUGUUAUAGGGCCAAAUCAGCCGGCAUUUCACUUUUGAUUGGUUUAGAGAAGACCGUUAAUCUAAAACAGCAGAUAACGAAAACAGAGCAUAUGCGAAUUUGCUUUUGAAAUUCUUGAAACGCCUGCCACUCGGCUUGAUUACCGAACCGCUACUUCCCUAAGAUGGGCCAAGCGGCAACCGAGCCUUAUCUGGCACAACUUUGCUCGUUAUGCAGUGUUUAUGUGUUGAAAACAGAAAAAUGGAAAACAUGAUGAAUAAGAAUAAAAACGCAGCUUUGUACAACGAUGGCUACACUUCGUUCUAAAAACAGGCCCUAAAUGACAAAAAAGAAAAAUACGGAAAAAAUGUUAGUUGAAUCCAUGGAGACAGAAGCAUAUUAUAUGCUUCUGAUGGAGAUGAAUGUUUGUAAAUUCGGACAACUUAUAUAUUUUUUCUUGAUUUUGGAAUCUUAGUGGCUACUCAACGAGGGAAGACUUAUCAAAUACAGUCAAACCUGUAUUAAGCAGACCUGCAUUAAACGGUCACUUUCUUUCCCUUAAUCACUGUAAAACUGACCUGUAUUAAGAAGUCACCCGGCCUGUAUUGUGUGGUCGCGUUCACCUUUUCCGCUGUCCCAACGAGUAACCUUCACCUUCUUAAACGGUCACUUUGACAAGAUGUACCAUUAUGAUUAAUGCAAUAGAUACACUGUGCAUGACAUCCAGUGGUCUUUUACCCCCUUUUUGGUGCAAGAAGAGGUAGAAACACUUUAUGGUCAAUUUGUCAACUUAUGGCGGCAAUGUUUUGCUUUGUCACCAUCUUUAUAUUCUUGAUAAGCAACCCUUUAAGCUCUAAGAGCGACCAGCAUCAAAUUUUGCCUUGUAAUAAUUUCAUGCUUUGAAAAAUUACGGGGAGAAUUACAGACAUGAUCACACGAGAUGAAUUUGCUUGGUAUUUUAUCAACUUCUCCCCACUACCUCUGUUGGAAAUGAAUAGGGCAACAAAUGAGAAUUCAAAUUUUGAUCUUAGGGUUUAAAGGGUUAAAGUGAAAACAGGUUAAUAUGUCCCAAAGUGAACAAUAAAAUACUUCAAGCAAUGCCGUGAAGAAAACUGCUUUAAUGCAAUGAGGAACGAACUACAUGGAUGGCGUGAUCAACAGUUACGGCGCAUGCGCAAGGUAAAAUAAGGAAUGGACUGGACAUUUCACAGGUUUGACUGACGAAAAAGUGAGCUCCAUUUCAAAAAUUAAAAGCGCUUCGGAAGUUUAAACCUAUCAAUACUUCCGAUAACAGCACCUGAACCAGCGUAUGUACCACCUUCAUCUACAUCCUUACUGUACAGUUGUCAACAACAAUAAAGUAGCCUUAGCCGCUCUCACAAGUCUCCUGUACGGCUUGGUGAUAGAGCAUCUGGACAAGUAACCAGAAGGUCAUAUUAGGUUCGUCUCCUACUGCCGGGGAUUGGAUUUGUUUCUUCAGAGUCACGUGUGUCGUUGACUGAAAAAACAUCUUUCUCUCAUUAAAAGAUUUCUGUCCCAAACUUGAUAGCGUUUGUUUUGUUUCAAGCCUGUAAAAGGAUGAAUUUCUAAGUACAAUUCGUACAAGUACAACGCCUUCUUUGCAAAUAGAAAGGGGUAUGAUAGAGGGUCAAGGGGUACGAUAGAGGGUCUAGGCCCGCAGUAACUGGCUCACGCUGUUGCAGAAUCCCUGCCACUUUUUCUCUAUUAUUUUGUUUGAUUACCCUUAUGUAUUUACAUUAUGUUGGCGAAGUUAAUAAAAUAAAAAUAAACAUAAAAUGAAUGGGGGUAUCUCGAUAACACUUAACACUUCAUUUUUUGGCUUUGUAACACGAAACAGUAAAAUUUUAGACAUUUUAACACUAACAUUAAAAAAUUCUUUGAAACAGUAAAUUUUUUACAGAAAGAAGCAAAAACGGCUCCAAAAGGACCAAUAUUAUUUUGUUUUGUAUGUGAAGGAAUUUUCGCCCACUUUACGACAUUUCCGGAUUAUUUCAGGAAAAGGCUACCGAAGAUUCCCGAAGACUGUCAAAGAUUUUCGAAGACUAACGAAGAGGUCCGACCAUUACCGAAGAUGUCCGAAGAACCCUCCAAACACUUAAUAGUAUUUUCUUCGGAAACCGUAAAUAUUGAAAAAUUGGCCAAUUUAACAGCAAACACUAAAAACUAUGGGCAAAUAACACUAAACACUAAACCCCAUUCUGACCCUCAUGAUAAAAUUAAGAAAAUUGUUAAAAAACAUGUUUGAAAUCAGUACUAUACUCGACCAAAGGGUGUGAACCGUUUUCAUGUUUGCCUGUAGAUUGCAAAGCAGUCGGUUUUUUCUCAAAAUCGGUUUAGAGUAGAGUAAGAGCAGCGUGAGAACCUCCCCAGUUUCUCUCUCCGUUUUCUGCAAAAAUUUACGCAAAAAUACGAACUGUUUUGCAGUCUAGUUUGCCUGCAUGUUCUGUUCCAAAUUGUAACAGACGCCCCCCCUCCCCUCAGGGAGCUAUAACAGGAGAUCCUUGCGUUGGGCAUCCUCGGAGACCCAGGGGCAGUUAGCCGGGUCGAUAAAAUGUUCGUGGUGUUUAAAGUUUACUGUAAGAUCGCUCGUCUAGAUCUUACAGUAAACUUUCACCACGAACAUUUUAUCCACUCGACUAACUGCCCCUGGGCCUCCGCGGAUGUGCGUUGGUAGCAAGGGAGAUUAUAUGGAGACUAUCAUGAAGUACUUGUCGCCACUUCCGUCUUUCUGGGUAGUACUUGUGGUACAUUCUU